CCUCUCGUCCUGCCUUGUCGCGAAAGGUUUCUCGCCUAUACAAUCUGUACAUUUCUUCACUAACAAUUCCCAUUUCUUGCUCCCAUUUCCCACCUAAAACCUUAAAUUCUAUCCCUCUAGUUCUUUACUUGAAAACUGAGAGGUCUAAAAUGACGACUGAUCCAAACCCUAAGAAAAGUAAUGGUGAAAAUUCAGAACAAGCUACUCAGAAAGCACCAUUAAAAGAUUCUAAGAAGAAAAAAGAUGAAAAGAAAGAUGAAGAUUUGUCGGAUGAGGAUUUGGCUCUUAAGCAACAAUUGGAGCUGUGUGUAGAGAGAGCUCAGGAUGUUGAGCCUGGUGUUCAGAAGCUAGCUUUAGAAAGUAUGAGGCAGGAAAUACGCACCUCGACUAGCUCAAUGACUUCUGUCCCAAAACCACUUAAGUUUCUCCGCCCACACUAUGGAACUUUAAAGACUUACUUUGAAACAAUGGAAGAUUCAGAGCUGAAGAAAUACCUAGCCGACAUACUUUCGGUUUUGGCAUUAACUAUGUCUGUCGAAGGAGAACGGGAGAGCCUCAAAUACAGGUUAUUGGGUUCAGAAGGAGAUAUUGGUUUGUGGGGGCAUGAAUAUGUUAGGAACCUGGCUGGAGAAAUCUCACAAGAGUAUGCAGAGAAACAGGACUCUGAAGAUCUUCAAAUGGAUGAGUUGAUGGAGCUCGUGCAACAGAUUGUUGCCUUUCACAUGAAGGUUUCAAAGCUUUUUGGUUCAUUCGUCUUCGUUAAUCAUUUGCAGCACAAUGCCGAGCCUGAAGCUGUUGAUCUUCUAAUGGAGGUUGAAGACCUUGAUUUAUUGGUUGAGCAUGUUGACGCCACAAAUUAUAGAAGGACAUGCCAUUACCUUACUAGUUCUGCCAGCUACCUGUCCGGUCCGGAUGAUUUGUUGGUUCUGGAUAUAGCCUAUGGAAUAUAUCUCAAGUUUAAAGAGUACCCUUCAGCACUCAGGAUUGCACUUUCCUUGAAUAAGUUGAAGUACGUGAAGCAGAUGUUUACAUCUUGUGAAGACAUUCAACUGAAAAAGCAAUUCUGUUAUAUCCUUGCACGCCAUGGUGUUGAUUUUAAGCUGGAUGAUGACAUGGUUGCGGAUGAUGAUGAUGAUAGGGAGGCCUGUCAAGACAUAAUAAACAAUUUGAAACUUACUGAAGGCUAUCUCAAUCUUGCUCAUGACAUUGAGGUCAUGGAACCAAAGUCUCCUGAAGAUAUCUACAAGGUGCACUUGAUUGACGGCAGGGCUAGUGCUGGUGCGAAUGUUGAUUCCGCCAGGCAGAAUUUAGCUGCUACGUUUGUGAAUGCUUUCGUGAAUGCUGGUUUUGGUCAGGAUAAGUUGAUGACAGUCCCUUCAGAUUCUUCAAGUGGUGGCUCUACAGGGAGCUGGCUUUUUAAGAACAAGGAACAUGGGAAGGCUAGUGCUGCAGCAAGUCUGGGUAUGAUUUUGUCAUGGGAUGUGGACAAUGGGCUUGCUCAACUGGACAAGUAUUUCCACAGCAGUGACAACCAUGUCAUUGCCGGUGCAUUGUUAGGUGUUGGGAUUGUAAAUUGCAGUGUCAACCACGACUGUGACCCAGCAUUGGCGCUUCUAUCUGAUUAUAUAAAUAGUGAAGAUUCAACUGUUCGUAUUGGAGCCAUUAUGGGAUUAGGUUUGGCAUAUGCAGGGACCCAAAAUGACCAGAUUCAGCAGAAAUUGAUUCCAAUUCUAUGGGAUACAAAGGCACCACUUGAUGUGAUUGCUUUUGCAGCAAUCUCAUUGGGCUUGGUCUUUGUGGGUUCUUGCAAUGAAAACGAUGUUGCUCAGUCUAUUAUUUUGGCGCUAAUGGAACGUACUGAGGCCGAACUUGAUGAGCCUCUCACUCGUCUUCUACCGCUUGGUCUAGGCCUUCUCUACCUUGGAAAGCAGGAGAAAGUGGAGGCUACUGCAGAAGUUUCCAAGACUUUUCAUGAAAAAAUAAAGAAAUAUUGUAAUAUGACCUUGUUAUCUUGUGCCUAUGCUGGCACUGGAAAUGUCCUUAAGGUUCAGCAUUUUCUGGGAAAAUGUUCGCAACAUCUUGAGAAGGGUGAGACCCAUCAAGGACCUGCUGUGCUUGGAAUUGCUAUGGUAGCAAUGUCGGAAGAGCUGGGCCUUGAUAUGUCAAUUCGGUCACUAGAACACUUGUUACAAUAUGGAGAGCAAAAUAUCCGCCGCGCUGUUCCAUUGGCUCUUGGACUCCUCUGCAUAUCCAACCCAAAGGUAAAUGUUAUGGAUACAUUAAGCAGGCUCAGCCAUGACACAGACUCGGAAGUAGCAAUGGCAGCCACUAUUUCUUUGGGGUUGAUAGGUGCUGGUACCAACAAUGCUCGAAUAGCUGGCAUGCUUCGCAAUCUUUCUAGUUACUAUUACAAAGAAGCCAGCCUCCUCUUUUGUGUUCGGAUUGCUCAAGGUCUCGUACAUAUGGGAAAAGGAUUACUAACACUUGCUCCUCACCAUUCGGAGCGUUUCCUUCUGUCACCAACUGCGCUAGCCGGGCUAGUUGUCAUGCUCCAUACUUGUCUUGACAUGAAAUCUCUUAUCCUUGGGAAAUACCACUAUGUCCUCUAUUAUCUCUCGUUAGCCAUGAAGCCCAGAAUGUUGAUGACUGUGGAUGAGAAUCAAAAACCUUUGUCAGUGCCUGUUAGAGUAGGGCAAGCAGUUGACGUUGUUGGUCAAGCUGGUCGGCCUAAGACCAUUACAGGAUUCCAAACACACUUGACACCUGUUCUUUUGGCUGCUGGUGAUAGAGCAGAACUUGCUACUUUCAAGUACAUUCCCCUUUCACCCAUUCUUGAAGGAUUUGUGAUUCUCAGAGAAAAUCCAGAUUACCAGGAAGAUAACUAGAUCUGCCCAACAACAUUCUAGAGGUUGGACAUACAACUUUUAGGUGGAUCCUUACAGGCUGCAGCUCUGCCUGCAUAUAGAAUGUGGGCAUACAGCUUACACCCUGUUUUUGCCGUGACAAAAUGUCUUCUGAUGCUGAUGAGAUUUGGGGUUUCGGCGAUUGAGCUCCAGUAGACAGAAAUUAAGCUACCGACCGGGAUCCUCUGUGAAAGCGGUUUAUGUAUGUAAUUUGUCGAGUCCAAUUGAAAAUUGCUUUCUCAGCCGUUUUAACGGUGGCCGUGCAUUGUAUAAUCACACUUAUUUUUACAUAUUAAUGGCAAUUAAAUUGUUUACAUUUUAA